GAUUGAUUUCCUGGCCCCCUUCCCACCAAGGCUCGCCUGCUUGUGCCUCUCGGGUGUGUGUGUGUGUGUGCGUGUGUGCGCGCGCGUGUGCAUAUGCACGCGUGCGUGCGUGCAUGCAGCGAGCCCACGCGUGGUUGUGGGCAGCGCCACCCAGCCUGAAGCCCUGGCUGGGCUGGCACCGAGAGCUGCUAGAGAUGGAGCGAUCCGGUCACGCGAGGCGGCAGCAGCAGCAGCAGCCGCCGCCGGAGCGGCAAAUGACUGCCUGAAUAAAUAUUCCGGCAUGCCUCUUUUUCUCGUGCAGCCCACACCCUCCUCCUCCUCCUCCUCCUCCUCGCUGGCUAAUCUCCGGGCAGCCGGGCUCUGCCCCAGCGCCAGUCGACGCUUCUCGGCGCGGCAGGAAAGCGCAGGAGGAAUUGCUGGCCCGGCGCGCUCCAGGAGGGGAUGGCCCGGAGGAACGCGGCUCGUCCCCGCGGCGGCCGCCUCCUUCUCCGCUUGCAGGUUUGGGGAUGGGACCUCUUCGUCUUGGCAAGGUGGCAUGGCCUGGACUUGGUGGAGGGUGAAACUUUUUCAUUGACUGCCUAACUUGCCUGUCCUUGCCUUUCCCAGCUUUAAUUCCGCAAUGAAGCUGCCCAUGUUGGACGCCUCUGGCCUAGAUGAGAAACGGUGGGCGAAAAUAGCCAAGGCAUGCUAGAGGUAUAGUCCCCCGAGGCAGACAGCUGUCCCUUGGUACCAGCGGCAUCCAGCUGUGUUUCUAGAACUGACAGCCUGCCAUGGCUGGCCCCAGCAUCUGGAACAGCCUCAAGUCGGUCCUGAGAAAGAACAAUGAUUCCUUGUUUCUGAACGACUGCAAUGCUUUUGAUUUUUCGGACGAGAUCGGGGAGGAAGAUUUUCCACGGUUCAAGAAACUCCAAGUGGUGGUUUCGGAUGAUGCAGCCGACACUUCUGCCAAUGGGGCCUAUGUGGGACCUCACUCCGAUGAUGAGUCCUUGCUGGACAGGGACAUAGCCUUGCGAAAUGCUGUGGCCGGACCCCCGACGGAUCCUUGUAACAAUUGUACCCAGCAAAGGGAACUGUUAAAGCAAAGGAAGGUGAAGAGGCGGCUGGCUUUAGCUGCAAUUCUCUAUCUUCUCUUUAUGACGGGCGAGCUUGUAGGUGGAUACAUUGCCAACAGUCUAGCUGUCAUGACGGACGCGCUUCACAUGUUAACAGAUCUCAGCAGCAUUAUUUUGACAAUUCUCGCUUUGUGGCUCUCUGCAAAAGCUCCCACCAAAAAAUUCACCUUUGGAUUCCAUCGAUUAGAGGUUUUGUCUGCCAUCUUCAGUGUAUUGUUGAUUUAUAUCCUGAUGGUCUUCCUCUUAUACGAAGCCGUUCAGCGAACUAUCCACAUGGACUAUGAAAUUAACGGGGAUGUGAUGCUUAUCACCGCAGCUAUUGGAGUAGCAGUAAACCUCGUAAUGGGCUUCCUGUUGAGCCAGUCUGGUCACCUACACUCCCAUUCGCACAUGCCUUCACCUCUUCCUCCGCCCGGCUCUUCCGCAGCAGCCCCCAGCCACUCUCAGAGUCAGGGUCACGGCAGCUUGGCUGUGAGAGCUGCCUUCGUCCACGCCCUGGGAGACUUGGUGCAAAGUAUCGGCGUGCUUGUGGCUGCGUACAUCAUUCGAUUCAAGCCAGAAUAUAAGAUUGCUGAUCCCAUAUGUACCUACAUAUUUUCAGUUCUUGUGGCUUUUACAACCUUUCGGAUCAUAUGGGACACCGGAAUAAUUGUACUUGAAGGAGUUCCAAGACAUUUAAAUGUGGACCUUAUUAAAGAAGAGUUGAUGAAAAUUGAAGAUGUAUUUUCAGUGGAAAACCUGUAUGUCUGGUCUCUAACUUCAGGAAAAACAAUUGCCAUUGUCCACCUACAACUAGUUCCUGGUAGUUCACCCAAGUGGGAGGAAGUCCAAUCCAAGGCCAGGCAAUUGCUGCUAACUACCUUUGGCAUCUAUCAAUGCUCCAUCCAGCUCCAAAGCUACAGGCGGGAGGAGAACAAACCCUGUGUAAAUUGUCAGAGUGCCUAAUUUUUCCACCCUUCGGGAAGACUCACUGCCUUAUCCUUUUUAAUCUUGCAGCCCAAAGGCCACAAAGCAAUAAACGUAAGAUAUAAACGGAACGGAGGGCUUUGAGCUCCGACGUGUAACAUCUGCAUUUAAUGCAGUAUCGGUUAUUGGAGCUGUUGGGGUCAGCUUUGGCACGGCUCUUUUCAUGAAGACAAACUUGGAUUCUUCUAUCACUGUUUUGUUUCCGCUAGGGUUUUUCUCGCCAAGAUAUCUCCAAGGAGUUGUUUACAGAUCCCUUGAUGGUUGGGCAGGUUCCUCACUGAACGUAGCAUCCACAAUGCCGUUUCUUAACUGUCCUGACUGACACUCCCAAAGGAGCAUCAGGAAAUUUAUCUACUUGAGUUUUCAAAAGAAUUAAAAAAACAAACAAAAAAACACGAUCAUGUUCACAAUUUGUAAAGUUAAUGAUCCCUGAAAUGGUUACCUUAGUAUUCAACCCUUUCCCCUUUCCAGGUUUUUAAUUCCUUAUCUUAAAAAAAAAAAAUGCUGCAGGGAUAACAGAACUUUUUUUUAAUAAUUUGUCUCUUAAUACAAACUUGAAUUGGUAUUGGCUCUUACGCGUAACCAGUUUUUGGACAUUUAGCUUUAAAUAGUACUCCGAGAUAGAAGGAUUUUAUCCAGGAUGAACCACCAUUUGUUUAACUGAAGACUUUGGGGCAGGACCCACCUGUGUUUGCAAAGAUUGGUCAACUUUCAUAUGCUUUGAUAUAGGUCCUGUAUUGUGGAAGUGUAUAUUUAAUUUCUUCGAGGCUAUGUGACUGAUUUUGGAAGCUUUUCUAUUGGUCCUCCUGAGUAUCUCAAGUAACGUGUUGCCGGCUUCAAAAGGCUGUUUGAUUAACCUGAAUCUUAACUCUACUAAAUAAAUGUCCUGUAGAAACUUCUUUGUGAUUGCUUUGCUUUGCUGAAAGAGAAAGGGCUUAUAGAAAACUCAAAAAAAAAAAAAAAAAAAGAAAAAAAAAGAAAUCAACUCAGUAGACAUCAGGGUAGAUAUUUAUGAGAAAAAGAAAACAAAGAUUUGCAAUUCCCAGAUCUUAAAAUGGUGAGGAUCUGGUUUUGGUUUCAUCCUGACGUAUUUUCCUGAUACAUAUAUGGCUUUUUCACAAUGUCCCAGUGAAAUACUUGUGGUUAUGAAAGAUACAAUCAAACGUACAAUCCAAUGGGGGAAUUUUGUUGUUGGUAUAAAACUAGCCUUUGUAAUCUGUGCUGCUUCACAGGUACAAAACUUGUUGAUGGGAUGUUUUGAAUUGUGGAGAAAGGUAAAACUAGGUUAAGGAGAAACUAGCAAUACGUGAGAUCUUGUGGUCAGUUCCUAGGCGUAUAAAACCUGGAUUAAAUGAAGGAGAGAGAUAGACAACUUGUUUCCCAAGUGUCUGAACACCUUAUAAAUUUCUGGUUCCAAUCUGGUUCGAUCACCAGGACCAACGGUCUUCUGAGCUUUCAGACGUGUGCUAGAACCCAACUUCAUUUUGGUGAGACAAAAGUUCCCUGAGGAUGGGGUCAGAAAGCUUGGAAGACUAAACUUCUGGUCCCGGUGAUCUUACCCAAAUUGGAUCCUGUAAUAUUAAUCUGGGACCUGUAUUCAUAAAUUUCUUGUCGAUGGCAAUUGGGACUGAUAGACUAUGAAACCAAAAACAUCUGGAAGGCACCUAUCUUUGAUGUGGGUAAAAGUCAUCACAAAAGGUACAGUAUUAAAAACUAGAUUUAAGCCACAAUUUCUUUGCCUUUGUAUCUCUUUAUUUCUUCUGAAGAACUAGAAACCAAAAUUAAUAUUUUGAUGUUACAUAGUAAAGUCUACGGCUGAGAUUGGAUGCUUUAGAUUUUUGGCUUUGAAAUCUGGGACAACCAGCCAUAAACAUAAUGGAUUUUUAUAAUUUGCUGCAAAUGAAGAAUUGGUUUGAGCAUGACUGAAAUAAGAAUCUGCCAGUAAAUUUUGGUGCAUUAGUGGAAAUGUGGCAUAGUGGAAAAUCAGUUAAGUGACCUAUAAUUUUUAGGAAGAAUAUUUAUCUUCUGAUGAAGAAAGUUCCUUUUUAUUGGACAAUUUCAUAAAAUUUUAAUAACUAUUCAGAAUAUAUCACUAUGGAGAAUAAAUCCCAUAUUUCAGGCAAACAGUAUAAUAAUUUUAGGAUCUUCUGGUUGAUGAGUUACCUACUUGAAGUUGGUGUUGUACCUUGAUUAAACUAUCUUAAAGUUCUCUUUUUGGCUUUCUGACGUUGCAUGUAAUUGGGACUUUCAAUAUGUCUACCCACCCCAAGACAAACUCUGUAUGUAUGAAAAUUACAUAUAUACACACAAAUCAUCCAUUCAUACAUAUAUGCAAAAGCAAAACAGAAACCCUGUGGUAGAAAAUUUUAUGUUUCACCUAGAGACCAAUGGGAGAAAUCUGGGUUGCUACGUUGUGAUGUAACACAAAGCCAUAUCACUUUAAAAAAAAAAAAAAAAAGUAUACUUAUCUAUAAGUCAGAUAUUUCUCUA